AUGGAGAGGAAGUGGGGCAAGGAUGUGCGACUUCCGACAAUUUCCUCGCUAGAUCUCGAGAGCGUUUAUCAGAAAAAGGCCAAUCUGAAAGAAUUACGUAAUACCACUCUCUGGAACGACCUCCAGUCUGACCGACAUCUCGUGAUCACUGAGGAUCAGAUGGAAGCGUCAGCUCAAAAAAAGAUGCUACUCUUGGCCCUGCUGCUGACGGCUAUACCGUUGUCGAGAGCGGCCAGCUGCGGUGGAUCUGCAAUACCAUUCAGAUUCGAGGUGCUGCCGUCUGGAAAUCCUGUGUUGGGUUGCGCGUCACCUUCAUGUUUCGGAGGUGGCCCUGGUGGAUCUCAAGGUCUCAGUGAUACUAACUUCCAG